AUGCAGCCGAUAACGAAUUUAGUAUGCUGAAUAAACCAGUGUUUUUUUAUGGUAAAGAUAGAGAAGGAGCUCCACCAUUUCUGGUGGAGAAGGAGAAACUUGUCAAGGAAGCAGAUGCUUAUGUGAUUAUCCCUGAAUACAACCACUGUAUACCACCAGGUCUCUCAAACAUGAUUGACCAUUUUGGAGGCAGUUGUUUCUCCAAGAAACCAAGUGGCCUUGUCACAUACUCAGCAGGGCAAUAUGGAGGGAUGCGUGCAGCCAUGCAACUAAGAGCACUGACUGGAGAACUAGGAUGUCUCAGCGUGUCCAAUAUAUUUGGUAUACCUUCUGCCCAGAAAUCUCUAGAUUCUGAAGGAAACCCGCUCAAUGAACACAUGGAAUCUGGUGCAAACAAAUUGCUUACCCAGUUGGACUGGAUGGCAUGGGCAAUGAAAAAUCAUCGUGCCGUUUCAAACGUAGACUUUUAAUACAGAGUCAUGAGGGUUUAGUUUUAGAUGAUAUGCUUUACUUCAAAGAAAAUUUGAGGAAUUUAUAUAUUUUUGAAAAGAAUUAGUUUGGAAUAGUGGUGGAUCCCAAGGUCAUGUAGUUGAUUUAGUAUGUGUUUAUAAUCUUCAUUAUGCAGACCUGUUCUACACCACUAACGUCAUUAUUUAAGUUUGUGUAGGUGUGGUAGAAUCAACUUGCCAUUAUUUAAGUUUGUGUAGGUGUGGUAGAAUCACUAUUAGUUGAAAUUUUAAUUUUAUUUUCUAUUUUUGUUUCUGUCUUAUUACAGUUUUGAAAAAAAAAAAAAAUAUAUAUAUAUACCUGGAAAAUGUCUGCGUACCACACUUCACGAACUUUAGAUCUUAUCAGUGAUAUGAGUUGAAAAAGUGUUGAUACCUUUAUGGUGUCCCACCUAAACUUUAGGUUAGUUCUUAGUUCCAUAUGAAAAAAAAAUAAAAGCUUACUGGAAACCAUGUAUAGCACAACAAAUUUCUGUACAUGAAAAAUUACAGAGAUACUACAUCUAAAUCAAAGCUGAAGUAUAUCAAUUUUACCAACAGAGUCACUUUAUUGUUAUCGCAGAGACAAUGGUAAACAAGAUGUUUUUUCGUGACAUAUAAGGAUGUAGAGAAGAUAUUUACCUUGCACAAAUCUCACCAUUCUUUGUAAAAUCUAGAACGUCCCUAUUUAGUGGAUAUAAUUUUGCCUUUUAAAAACUGGAACUAAAUAUGACUUCAUUUUGUAUCAUGUAACUAUCCAAAAAGAUUUGUAUAA